UUUGUUAUGUGUCAAACGUCAUCAAUUUUGCGUUCUAAUUUGCGGAUGUCCUCAGUGUUCAUCCCAAUACAAAAAAGAAAAUGGCGGAGACCAGCAGUGAGUUACAAGUUGAAGCUUAUCCGGAAUUAUUCCACCUAAGUCAUAAAAGAAGAAAAGCUUUGUUAAAGAAACAGAAAAGAAAAAUCAAGAGACAAGCAGAAGCUAGAGAAAGAGAUGAAAAACUGCAGAAAGAAAAAGAGCUGAAAAAGAAUUCACCAACCUUCCAACAGAAACAAGCAUAUGAGGAAGAGCUUGAAAAGGCAGAGCUUUUACGAAUAGAGGCGGAGUCACAGAGACAAAGGGAAUUGUGGGAGUGGCAUGAGGAAAUAUAUAAGCAAAGAUUGAAAGAGAAGGAGGAGCAAGCAGAACGUGAAAAACAAUUAAAAAUUGAAAUAGAGAGAAAGAUAAAAGAAGAAUGGGAGGAAAGACAGAAGAAAGAACAUGAAGAGGAAGAAGAGAAAAGAAAGAAGAAGGAAAAACAGGAGGAACUUCUGAAGCAGGCUAGAGAAGCUGAAAAUAAGGAUGGUGAUUGGUCAAAUCCACUUGCCCCAGUGCAGUAUGGGAAAGAGAGGCAGGUAGAAAAUUGUCCGUUCUUUGUGAAAGUUGGAGCUUGCAGAUUUGGAGAUAGGUGUUCAAGAGCUCACCCAUACCCGGACAGCAGCCGUACAUUGUUAUUCUCAAACAUGUUCCGGCAUUUCCAGCUUGAUCAAGGUCAAUGUGAGGAAUAUGACACAGAUAUAGUGCUGGAGUAUGAAGAUAGCGAGGUUUACCAAAAGUUUCGUGAGUUUUAUGAGGACACCCUGCCAGAGUUCAAGGUCAUUGGGCACAUGGUUCAGUUCAAAGUAUGCUGUAAUUUUCAACCUCACCUUAGAGGAAAUGUUUAUGUGUCUUAUUCCAGGGAAGACCAUGCACUGGAAGCACUUAAAAUUCAAAGCUAG